CUCCGAUUCUCGCUCAGUCAGAGACUGUCCGCGAGUCGAGCACGACGUAGCACUAAAAUGUGGAUUCAAAGACUAGGCCGCGCCCUGGGGCAGGGCAGGCGACACCUGCACGCGAAGAUUGUCAAGGGAACGAGCAUCGAAGUUCAGCCGGAACCAGAGAGUGCCGCCUCCUCCAUGACCUUUCCGGGUGUGUGGCUGCGGGACAACUGCCGCUGCUCGGAGUGCUUCCACGACACCUCACAGUCGCGUCGCCUCGACUGGGACACCUUCGACACGGCGGUGCGGCCCCUGAGCAUCCGGUCGGACGAGGCCGCCGGUGAGGUGCACGUAAGCUGGAGCGAUGCCCACGAGAGCAGCUACACGCUGGACUGGCUCCGGCAGCGCAGCUUCGAUGCGGACCGACAGCGGGCGUACCUGGAGGACUUUUACCGCCCCGCCACCCGUCAUUGGGCGGGAGCGGAGUUCCAGCAGGUGGCCCAGCACUUCGACUACGAGGAGGUGAUGGCCAAGGACGCAGCGUUGCAACAGUGGCUCCAGGCGCUGGCCGUCUAUGGGGUGGCCCUGCUGCGCGGUGCACCGCUGGACGAGGGUGUGGUGCGGCGCCUCGCGGAGCGUGUGGGCUUCAUACGGCGCACCACCUACGGGGAGGAGUUCGUGGUGCAGGCCAAGCCGGGGGCCCAGAACUUUGCCUACCUCUCGCUGCCCCUGCCCCUGCACACGGACCUGCCCUACUACGAGUACAAGCCCAGCGUGAACAUCCUCCACUGCGUCGUCCAGACUGAGUCCCAGGGAGGCAGCAACCUCCUGGUGGACGCCUUCCACAUUGCCGACCGCCUGCGCAGCGACCAUCCCGAGGACUUUGAGCGACUCUGCCGGACACCCGUGGACUGGAACGAUAUUGGCAGCGAGGAUGGCCGGGAGUUCCACAACAUUUGGCGGGCGCCCGCCAUCUGUCUAGACUCAGAGGGCAAGUACACGCGGAUCAACCACAGUGUGCCCCAGCGGGACAGCCACUUCAGUGUGCCCCUGGCGGAGGUGGAGCCCUGGUACGAGUCCUACUCGCGCUUCGUGCGCCUGGCCCGCGACGAUGCCCACGCCUUCAAGACGCGACCCGGCGAUGUGCUGACCUUCAACAACAUCCGCCUGCUCCAUGGACGCACUGGCUACGACGACACCGAACAGAACUCCCGCUACAUAGUGGGGGCCUAUCUCGACUGGGACAUCAUCUACUCGCGGCUCCGGGUGCUCAAGAAGCGCCCCGCCAUCCAAUAAAAGUCAGGCGCAAAAGCCUUCCCCUAAAAAGAAA